AUGUUUCUAUACCGCGCUCUGGUCACUCUCCUACUCGCUGGUGUGGCUCAUUCCCAGAUUCCCGACGUCCCCAGCUGUUCUCUUGAUUGCUUUUUGGCAUCUCUGACUUCAGAUGGAUGUUCUUCCUUGACUGACUUUGCUUGUCACUGUCAAAAGCCCCAGUUGGUGAACGAUAUCACCCCAUGUGUGCAAAAAGCCUGUGCCCUUUCCGAUCAAGCCCGUGUUUCGAGUGUCGUCGUGUCACAAUGUUCCGCCGUCAGCCAUCCGAUCUCCCUUCCCCCUCCUGAGACCACUGAAUCGGCAAGUGGUACUUCUACCAUGACCGGUACAGGCACUUCAUCUCCCACUACUACGGAGACGAGCGCCGGGAGCUCCAGCGAAUCUUGCUCUGAGACUUGGUCGUUUUCCACGGGACCUACGUGGCCAUCUGUAGGCCCCAGGCCCACCCCAGGUCCUAGCUCAAGCUCUAAGCCAGGCUGGUCUUCCACCCCGUUGCCAACAAAGACCUGCACGGGUGGUGGUUCCAGUGGUUGUGGCAGCUCUGGCGGCUCUGGUGGGUCGGGUGGUAGCGGUGGUAGUGGUACGUCUGGAAAUGGCGUGUCUGGCACCUCUGGUAGCCCUGGUGCCAAAACAUCCUCUGCUUACAAUGCUGCGGAGCCUCUGAAAGGAAAUAUGGCUGGCCUAGCUGCUGCCGCGGCGGUUGCUGCCUACAUCAUUUGA